AUGUCUAACCUCGCUCCAUCAAUCCUCGCAGGCUUCAAGGGCCGUCGAUCCAUUCACUCUCUGACAAAUGAGUCUACGAUCUCCGAUGAGCGCGUUGAAGAGAUCCUCUCCGAAGUGAUGCAAAUCAUGCCCAGUGGAUUCAACACCCAAGGAACUCGCAUGGUUGUUUUGCUGAAGGAAGAACACCAAAAAUUAUGGGAUAUCGCCCAUGAAGUCGCCAGUGCUACUGUGCCUGUCGAGCAAUUUGAGAAUCUUUAUCGAGCCCGUAUUGCUGGAUUUCGUGCAGCAUAUGGAACAGUUCUAUUCUAUGAGGAUCCUGCUGUGUUUAAGCCCCUGGAAGUGAAAUUGCCUAUAAUCAAAGACAAAUUUCCUGAAUGGUUGGAUCAUGCAAGUGGGAUGAGCCAGCUUGCUGUUUGGACACUACUAGUAGCCGAAGGGCUUGGUUGCAAUUUGCAACAUUACAAUCCUAUGAUCGAUGCUCGUGUAUCCGAACAAUGGAAGGUACCAAAAGAAUGGAAAUCUAAAUCGCAACUGGUCUUUGGCAAGCCUACCGGACCCCCGAGAGAAAAGACCUCUGAGCCUCUGAGCAGCCGGCUUUUUGUGUAUGGAAAAUAG